CUUCAUGGGAAUGUUCAGCUGGUAGAUCUAUGUGACAAAGCCUCACAUUUGCUCUUACUUGCUAGUUGAAUACACUGACACGGAUCGGCAUGUUUCUGUCUUGUCUUCUCGCUUCCUUCUUUGUCACCAACGCUGCUGUCGAGCCACAGAAAUGCUGUGUGGACAGGCAGUUUGAAGCCCUCCUGGGAGAGUUUGGGGGCGCCUUACUUCCCGGAAAAAACACCCCAACUGCCCUAGAUGGAUUCAACCUAAUGUCCUAUGACUACUAUGCAAAGAUGAUGCGGUUGGAGGCCCACAUGAAUCAACCAGAUGGGACAGUGCAAGUAACGAAUGUCAUAAUUGACUAUAAAGCGGGUAAAGAGUACGUGAAAACAGACACAGGGUGUACAGUUCUGGACACCACGGAAAAAAUGAGAGAGCCAUGUGUACCUGCCAUUUCCCGUUUCCUUGGCAACACAUCAUUCGGCUACGGCGACACGGCUUUGAAGGUGAACACAUGGCAGUACCAGAAACCUGGCUCCGACAACGUCGUCAACCUUGUCGUCACGGCGGACGGCUGCGUCCCUAUGGUUGAGGCAUCAUAUGGCACGAUGAAUAACGCCAAGACCGACGUUGUCUACUUCAUCACGUCGUUCCAGCCUGGCAUCAAGGACCGCAGUGUGUUCACCAUCCCAACAAACUGCCAGCAAGGAGGCAGCACGCUUCAAUGGAUCCAUGGCUGAGACGUGUGGCUUCCUCAAGUGUCACCAAUGGUCGGAGUCGUAGGCAGGGCAGUUCGAGCAUUGAAGGAUCUGUUUUGACCAAAAUUGACAACAACUGAUGUAUUAACUGAAUAAAGUGUACACUUUA